ACAUGCAUCACUUUGGUAUCGAGUCCACGAACGAUGCGACUUGGAUGCACAAGAUGGUUCCAUUUGCCUCCACUCCCGUCCACCUGCGAAUGUUGGACGUCGUGCGAUUCCAUCGUAUUCCACCACUCUCUGCCUUGAUGAAGCCAUGGACGGCAAGGGCACCCCCUUCGACGACGCCAGUCAACCAUCACUUGCAUCCUGACGUUCUCCGCCACAUCUUUUCGUUCCUCUCGUGCAAACGCCUCUGUCGCCUCGCAUCGGUGUGUCGAGCGUUCCAGGACACUUCGCAGGACCCGUGGUUGUGGCAGCAACUGUAUGCAAAGCUUGGCGCCAAUGUAUGCACCCACCAGGGAACGUUUGCCCACGACUGGAAGGCCAUGUACCAAGAACGCUUUCUCGUCCUUCGCCGCAUGCGUCGUGCGGGGAAAGCCAAGAUGUGGAGGCUAUGCGAUCAUUGCGGCUGCAUCCACAUCAGCAAGACGCCGCUACAAGCAGAACGGCACCAUGAAAAAGUCCAUCAACCCCGCACGGGACGACGUCGACGGCGGCGCGAUCCCAAAGUGGAUUCCCCAGAUCUGGAAGGGGUGAAAUCCGGAUAA